GCUGUCUCGCUUGCAAAAGUUAAAUGUGACAGCCGCGGACAAGUACGUGUGAAGAGAAGUUAUUUAGAUGCGUUCACGGUCGCUGUUGGCUUAAAAUGCUUUCUUUGUCAACGGCCGUUCAACCACAGGUGACUGUUCCCCUGAGUCACCUCCUCAAUGUUCUCCACGCUUUGAAGAGCUCAGUUGGAAGCAGCAGCACCUUAAGCAAAUCAAGACUACCCAAUGAGCAUGCCUGUCAGGCAGAACUACAUUAUCCUGAGCCCCUGUGGAACCUGCGGGACCUUGGCCUGUCUGACCUCGGAACGCAGCAGCUGAACGAGUUGGCGAUUAGGGUGUUACCAUGUUUGAAUUCACAGGAAGCACCAGCCCCGAUAGUGGGCAGUCGGACAAUCUGGCGAACGUCUCACCUUUCCACGCACUCUUUUUUCCUAAACAAGCAUGGGUUUUCUUCUCAGCGGAUGUCAGCUCCACUUUAUUCCAGGCAAAGGCCGUCUCCUCUUCAGUCAGUCUGCAAAGAGCUGCAACACUGUUCAGUGUGGAUCCAGCACAGAGGCUUUAAAACAUUAAGGAGCAAAACCAAAAGACUGCAGUCAGCUAUUGAACGCCCUGUGGAACCUGAGGGAUUCCCUCCAUCUUUCAUGAAGGGCUUCCUGACACGAGACAAGGGGAUCGAUAUGGAAAGUCUUGAAAGUCUAACGAAGAGUGGGAACGUACCCGAUGGACAGCAGGAUGCCUUUAAGAGGGGCUUUGCUGAGGGUUUCCUGAAGGCCCAAACACUGACGCAACGCACACAAGACUCCCUGAGACGGAAUCGGCUCAUCUUGUUGGUGUUACUUCUUGUCGGGCUCUACGGCAUCUCAAAGAUCCCCUUCAUAUCAGUGCGGUUCCGAACCACAACAGGCCUGGACUCCUCAGUGGAUCCUGUCCAGAUGAAAAAUGUGACAUUUGAGCAUGUCAAAGGCGUUGAAGAAGCAAAAAACGAGCUGCAGGAAGUGGUUGAGUUUCUGAAGAACCCUCAGAAGUUCACAACCCUGGGGGGUAAACUGCCAAAAGGUGUCCUUCUGGUUGGCCCACCGGGGACCGGAAAGACUUUACUCGCCAGAGCGGUGGCAGGAGAAGCAGAUGUCCCAUUCUACUAUGCCUCUGGGUCGGAGUUUGAUGAGAUGUUUGUUGGCGUCGGAGCCAGCCGCAUCAGGAAUCUUUUCAGGGAGGCGAAAGCUAACGCUCCCUGCGUUAUCUUUAUUGAUGAACUGGACAGUGUGGGCGGAAAGAGGAUUGAGUCUCCCAUGCAUCCUUACUCCAGACAGACCAUCAAUCAACUGCUUGCUGAGAUGGAUGGAUUCAAACCAAAUGAAGGAGUCAUCAUAAUUGGAGCCACGAACUUCCCGGAGGCUUUAGAUAACGCCCUCAUCCGCCCGGGCCGAUUUGACAUGCAGGUGACCGUCCCUAAACCAGACGUGAAAGGACGAACCGAGAUUCUCAACUGGUACCUCAGGAAGAUUAAAGUGGAUCCAGCCAUCGAGGCGAAGAUUAUUGCGCGGGGCACCGUGGGAUUCUCUGGCGCUGACUUGGAAAAUCUGGUCAACCAGGCUGCCCUGAAAGCAGCAGUCGAUGGUAAAGACAUGGUCACCAUGAAGGAGCUGGAGUUUGCCAAGGACAAAAUUCUCAUGGGUCCCGAGAGAAGGAGUGCCGAAAUCGACAAGAAGAACAAGAUCAUCACAGCAUACCAUGAAUCCGGCCAUGCUAUUGUGGCUUAUUACACCAAAGACGCCAUGCCUAUUAACAAAGCCACUAUCAUGCCAAGGGGCCCCAGUCUCGGACAUGUGUCAUUGCUGCCAGAGAAUGAUCGCUGGAGUGAGACACGCUCUCAGUUGCUGGCUCAGAUGGAUGUCAGCAUGGGAGGGCGAGUUGCUGAGGAGAUCAUAUUUGGGCAUGAGUAUAUCACAACAGGAGCAUCAAGUGACUUUGAUAGUGCCACCAAGAUUGCAAAGAUGAUGGUGACAAGAUUUGGAAUGUGUGAAAAGUUAGGUGUGAUGACCUACACGAACAUGACAGAACAAAGUCCAGAGACUCAAGCAGCUGUAGAGAAUGAAGUCAGAGUUUUGUUGCGGGAGUCUUACGAGCGAGCCAAAGCCCUCUUGAGGUCUCAUGCCAAAGAGCACAAGAACCUUGCCGAUGCGCUGCUGUUGUAUGAGACGCUGGAUGCCAAAGAGAUUCAGCUGGUCUUGGAGGGGAAGACCCUGGAGACCAGAUGAAGGCAGCCGGGGAGACACAACAAAGGAGGGCUGGUUUGGGAUUUUCCAAGGACUCAGGGCUGGCGGAAAAUAGCUGCGAAUCUGUCUUAGAAAACGUUAGUGCUUACAUGCUCAUUUACUAAAUUGCUAAAGUGUGGUAAAGUUCAAACUUGUGCAUUAACAUAGUGAAUUAUCUGCUUGAUGUGCUGAAACCUCCUCGAUAUACACUGAGUCAUCAUGCUGGCCGAAUAGUAAAUACACGUUUUGAAUAUUGCUCGGGACACUCAGUUGGUACAUGAUUGUAAAUACUCAUCACAACCAUAAAAAGCUGCUGGCUGUGAUGAUCUUGUAAAUUACAGAGAAUUAAGAAAGCAUUAGGAGCCAAUCCUCAAAUUCUUGACUCGUACUGUAUGUCUGUUAUCUACUUGUCUUUGUGUGUGUUUGUCAUCUAUUGCUCAAAGGCUGGUUGGCCAAACUACUGCCUACCUAAUUUUUCAAUCGGAUGGCCCUUGAGGAAUGUAUUUUAGGUGAGGUUUAUCUAUUAUGAAAUCAAAUUUUGUCCCGUGACUACAAAUGAAACAUACCUGUACAUGUUGUGUGUCCAAAUGUGACAUAAGCUGCUAGUGAGUGGCAAGAAACUG